UGCUACACAAUGCCUGUAUUAAAGAAAACCACACUGGAAAAAGCAGAAAGCAAAAGCUCCCAAGAUGCAGAGGAGUUACCAAAGCUGCCAGUGCCUCCCUUACAACAAACUAUGGACAUGUAUCUGAAAUGCAUGAAACAUCUGGUGUCAGAAGAGCAAUAUAAAAAAAGCAAAGCUGUCGUGGAGAAGUUUGUGAUGCCCGGAGGCCUGGGGGAAAUAUUGCAACAAAAACUGCUCGAGCGGAGAGAGAAAACAGAAAGCUGGAUACAUGAAUACUGGCUUGAUGACAUGUAUCUAAACAACCACCUACCCCUGCCAGUUAAUUCCAGCCCAGCUGUAAUAUUUGCACGUCACAAUUUUCAGGAUGACAAUGAUCAACUGAGGUUUACAGCAAAUCUCAUCUCCGGAGUGCUUGAUUACAAAACUUUACUGGAUCUGCAUGCUUUGCCAACAGACUAUGCUCGUGGUCAGCUAUCCGGUCAGCCUAUGUGUAUGAAGCAGUACUAUGGGCUCUUCUCAUCUUACCGUCUUCCAGGUGGCACCAAAGAUACAUUAGUGGCACAAGAGAGCAGUGUUAUGCCAGAACCAGAGCAUAUAAUUGUUGCAUGUAACAACCAGUUCUUUGUAUUAGAUGUUGUCAUCAACUUCCGCCGUCUCAGUGAAGGGGAUUUGUUUACUCAGCUCAAGAAAAUAGUUAGGAUGGCAGAAAAUGAAGAUGAGAGACUUCCACCAAUUGGACUAUUGACAUCCGAUGGAAGAUCAGAAUGGGCUCAAGCAAGGGAGAUUCUGAUGAAAGACUCUACAAACCGGGACUCUCUUGAUAUGAUAGAAAGAUGUAUGUGUCUAGUGUGCUUAGACGCACCAACAGGUGUAGAGCUGAAUGAAACCAAUAGAGCUCUUCAACUUCUUCAUGGUGGAGGUUACAACAAAAACGGAGGAAAUCGAUGGUAUGAUAAGCCUAUGCAGUUUGUUGUGGGAAGAGAUGGAGUUUGUGGAACCAUAUGUGAACAUUCUCCUUUUGAUGGAAUAGUCCUUGUACAAUGUACCGAACAUUUGUUGAAGUACAUGAAGAGUAGUCCCAAAAAAUUAGUAAGAGCCGAUUCAGUCAGUGAACUCCGAGCACCUAGAAGACUUAGGUGGAAGUGUUCCCCUGAAAUGCAAGGCCAUCUGGCCUCUGCUGCUGAAAAGCUACAAAGGAUAGUGAAUAAUCUUGAUUUUACAGUGUAUAAGUUUAAAAAGUAUGGAAAGGAGUUUAUCAAAAAGCAGAGAAUGAGUCCUGAUGCUUUCAUCCAGUUAUCACUUCAGCUUGCGUUCUACAGGUGCCACAGGAAACUUGUACCCACCUAUGAGAGUGCUUCCAUACGACGCUUUCGGAUGGGGAGAGUGGACAAUAUAAGAUCAUCCACUGCUGAAGCGCUAACAUUUGUAAAGGCAAUGGUAGAUGGGAAAGAUACAGUACCGGAUUCAGAAAAAAUGUCUCUUUUCCAAAAUGCUAUUGAAGCGCAAACAAAUUACACCAUUUUGGUUCCCACCACAAUGGAAAUGUUCUGCUGCUAUGGCCCAGUGGUCCCCAAUGGAUAUGGUGCUUGCUAUAACCCUCAGCCUGAAGACAUCCUUUUCUGUAUUUCAAGUUUCCGAGACUGCAAAGAGACUUUGUCCAGUAUGUUUGCCAAAGCUGUGGAAGAAAGCCUGUCCGAUAUGGGGGACCUUUGCCUAAAGUACAACACUAAGCCGCAAACACCAGCAAAAGAAAGAAAAUCAGAGUCCCAGAAUGGGCAUAGACCUUAG